AUGCAGAAGGAGGUUGAAGAACUUACCGAGGAGAUCCAGGAAAAAAAUAAAUACAUUAGCAGAUUCCGGAGAAAUUCACAGGUUUUUGAAGAUGAUUUGCUGAACUAUGAAAAAGAACAUUGUGAUGAAAUUAAUACCUAUAAGAAAGACAUUUCAAGAUUGAAUACUGAGAUUAUUCAGGUGUUAGACAGAAAUUCCUACAUCCAAAACGAUCUGCAACGGACGAGGGAAAGCCUAGAAGGGUUAAAAGUACUGAAUUGCAACAUGAAAGUUUCCAUCGGGGUCCCGGAAAAGGAGAAUGAUGUACUUUCUAAGGAAACUAAGCGUCUGUGUCGAUAG